UAUUAAUACACAUUUUUAAUCAUCAUCUCCGGAAUUAGAAUUUGCCGAGUAAGUCAUACCGUGUGAACAUUUGACAACCAGAGCUCUCAAGUAAUGGCGGCAGCAGGACACGCAGAGUCCUCCACAUUAGACCAAGAAGACGAAGAAGAACCCCCGGCGAAUCCAGAGACGACCGUGGGGGGCAAACCUACUCCCCCACGGCGCCUUCCUCGGAAAGUAGAUCGAUUUAAAGACUCGACAUUAAAUCUUGGGAGCUUGUCCACUGAGAGUUGGUCUUUGCCGAGUUCGGAAAAUACCAACAGUUUUCAAGAAUUGCGAAAGGAAAAUGCGACCUUGAAAGCUCAAUUAAACGACCUCAACAAGGCCCGCUGUGCUUCGGAAGAAAAAUGCCAAUCUUUGAGCGCUGAGUAUGCGGACGUAAAACAAAAGUUGAUAGAGACAGCCCAGUUUUGUCAGAAUUUGGUGACUCGGCUAGAGGCUAAGGAAUCCGGCGGACGUGGUUUCUGUGAAAAAGGCGAACAGAACAGAGAGGCUGCGCGCCUUCGCCAGGUGAUAACUCAACUAAGAGGCCAACUUGAAGAGGUAACAUCAGCCAACAAGAAGUGGCAGUCGUACAAUGAAGGACGGGAAACGUACAUCAAAGGUUUGCUGAAAACUGUAGAACAACUGAAACAAGAACUUCAGAAAGUCAGUCUUGACCACGUGACAGUAGGACAGCAACAGGAAAUUGACAAAAUGUUACUUGCGUCAAAAGCGAAGAUUACUGCUCUAGAGGAAGAUUUAGAGAAGUUGGAGGACGAAAACCGCCAGCUCAGAAUUCAAACUCACCAAAACGAAGAAGUAAGACGUCAGUUGGAAGAGCGCGUGCGUCAUCUCGAGGCAGAGAUCGCGAAAGGAGGACGAGGAAGAGGAGGAUACGAGGAUGAGUAUGUCCAGCUCCUGCAAGAACAGGUUCGAACGGUGACCGAGGACUUCGAGGCAGAACGGAGAGACAGGGAGAUAGCCCAGUCGAAGAUAUCUGAUCUUGAGAGAGAGCUGCAGUGUCUCCGAAUACAGAUGGCGCAAAACAGAAAAGGUUACUAUGACUCACCAUUUAGGACAUAUUAUCGACCGAACCAUACCUGCGGAGCCGAAUACAGGCAUUUUGGAGGCAGAACUGUCGUCGACGGACUGGGCGACCUCGAGGCCGACGGAGACACCGAGGAAGGGCAUGACGACACAGAUGCAAACGUGACCGGUUCCGACGUUCCCAACGGGUUGUUCGAAGACGGAGCUGAUAUCCAUACUACAGAGCUACUGUGUCCGCGUUGUCUGCGCCAGUACGGCUUAAACCAAGAAGCAGAAUUUCAGGAGCACAUCGGUAUUUGCUGCGACUAAUUUGACGCCCUGAUCGUCGAAAUUUUUAAAUUUAAUACCGAUUUUGGGCGCGCUUUUCUUGAGUAGAUCUCAAGAUAAGGCUUCUGUCUUCACGAAUCAAAUUUGGGUGACCAUGGCUCAAAAAUAAAUUUCCUUCCCUUUUUUCUAGCAAUAAACCCUGGCCCCGAAUUUCCGGAAAAAAAAUCUUUUUUUAGCUCAAAAAGGCCUGUUGAUAUGGUACCAGGAAAAUCCUGAUUUUUGGCCAAUUUGGUCCCGCAGAAAAUAUUCUUUUCCAAAUUUGGUCGUUUUUUAUCAAAAACCAAAAUCAACGUUUUGCAUAGGAGAUUUUGACCCUCGUCCAAUUCUUCGAAAUAAUGAUGUUUACAUGAACUUUAUGGUCGAGUGUAUUGACCGCUGAUAGCACUUGUUGAGCAAGAACGCAUUAAAUUUAUUGCACUUUCCACGUUUGAAAACCACAGAUCCUUUAUUUUGAGUGUUUUUAAAGUUUAAUUUCCAUAAGACCAGUUCCAUUACUAUACCUGUUCAUUUUAACACAAACGUUGACAAAAUUAUUUCACCUAAUGCGAUAUGUAAACGAAUGGAUUAUGUUACAAUUCAUUUUGUAUAAUGCUUGCACGACAAGUAUUAGAUUAAGUUAAUAAUAUUUUGGACGCAGAAUCUAUAUGAAAUUUUGGCGACUACCACUACUUUAUAGAUUGACUGGCGUAUGACUCCCUAUCACGACACUGACCGCGACCUUCUUCAGACAGUUAUUUGAAUACUAAGUAUUUCUACAAUAUAUGACUUCGGACGAAUAAAACGUUGUUUUCUUUCCCGUCCAAAAUAUGACCAACAUCCCAUUAAGUAUAGUUUUGCUGAUAUUUUCCCGAAAAAAGUACGCGACAAGGGCAAUACCAGUUCUCAGUUAAGUUCCAACAUAAUUUUCUACAUCAAGCAUAUUCAGUGAUAGGUUUUGUAAACAGGACUACAUUUUCCAUUUUAUACCAUACAUAUGAUCAAGAAUGCAUUGCCAAUGGUGUGUUCGUUCAAAUGUGUCUUGCAAAUGAUUGUUUCAACCUCGCUUUGAAGUCAAGGUGGUGUAGAGAGCCAAACGGUCACGUGAUAGAAUGAGUAGUAGUCGUCUGCGCUGGCUACAUGCAUUGUGAAAAUCUGCAGCAUUAG